GUUCUCCGCAACGGAAUCGUCACAGUUUGACCCUAAAUGACCCUAAAUAAUGGGUACCCGUUUCAUAAGAACGCUUGCGACUGGACCAAAUGACAUUACGAUCAUCUGCCGCGGGAAGAGCGCAAGCCAGCGUUCGGUCUGUAUUCCAACGAGGGCCGAACUUCCCACAGGAAAUGGAUGGUUUGGACUGAAGAAGCCAAGAAAAUUUGGCUCUACGAGUCAUUUGCAACAUGCGGGGGCGCGUUUUUGCAAGCUGAUGAGGAGGUCGAAAGAAGAGGACCUGGACGAGUAUUUGAAGGAUGCUGGGUCGUUCGCAAGGGGUUCUUGAAAUCCAGAAUUUCUGCAGAAGCCCGGUUGGUGAAGGUUGCGGAGCCAACUAUCCUCCAUCAUGGCUCUAUCCAUCUCUCAGGUUUCCUUUGAGCAUCAUCGUACCGCCCUUGGAAUCGGCGAGACAACUCCUCGGAUCUCCUGGCGGUUCCAAGGGAACGUGUCCGACUGGGAACAGAGUGCCUAUGACCUGGAAAUCAAGCGCAGAGGGCAGGAGCCCGACACCUUCCAUGUCGACUCCUCCGAUUCUGUCUUGGUCCCUUGGCCUAGUUCUCCGUUGAAAUCCGGCGAGGAGGCUACUGUGCGCGUGCGAUCUUCUGGGCAGGACGACCAGGUUAACACAGCUUGGUCUCAUUCUUUCACCGUCGAACCAGGCCUUCUCAGUCCCGAAGACUGGCAGGAUGCUGCAGCCAUCGUGUCCGAUCGACCUACGGAAGUCAACCAAACCCACCGGCCGAUCUUGUUCCGGAAGGAUUUCAAGCUGGAUGAUUCGAUUGAUUCGGCCCGGCUAUACAUCACGGCUCUAGGCCUGUACGAAGCCCAAAUCAACGGAAAGCGGGUGGGAGACCACGUCCUGGCCCCCGGUUGGCAAACCUACACCAGUCGCCAUGAGUACAACACUUAUGACGUCACCGAGCAUUUGCGAGACGGGGCAAACACAAUCGGAGUAACUGUCGGAGAAGGCUGGUAUGCCGGUCGCUUGGGGUUUAAUGGAGGACGGCGCAAUAUCUAUGGCGAUACCCUGGGAGUGCUCUGCUUGCUAGUCGUUACCAAAGCGGAUGGCAGUAAGGAGUAUAUCCGCAGCGACCAGACGUGGAAAUCAGGAAUCGGCCCCAUUAUCACUUCUGAGAUCUAUGACGGUGAAAGAUAUGAUUCGAGAUUGGAGCGCAGUGGAUGGUCGAGUCCCGGCUUCAAUAGUACCGGCUGGCGUGGGGUCCACGAGGUCUCAUUUGACAAAGGCAAAUUGGCCUCGCCAGAUGCUCCCCCGGUUCGACGAGUUGACGAGCAUAAACUCAUCAAUGUUUUCAAGAGCGACUCGGGCAAGACGGUUCUGGACUUUGGCCAAAAUCUGGUGGGAUGGUUACGUGUUCGGGUCAAAGGACCGAGCGGGCAAACAAUCAAGUUUGUCCAUACAGAGGUCAUGGAAGACGGAGAAGUAGCAACUCGUCCGUUGAGAGUUGCGAAGGCCACUGAUCACCUCAUUCUCUCGGGAAAAGUGCAGGAAUGGGAGCCGUCGUUCACCUUCCAUGGCUUCCGUUAUGUUGAGGUGGACGGUUGGCCGACCGACACCACUCCUAUAGAUGAAGACUCCAUUACGGCCAUUGUCGUGCACACGGAUAUGGAGCGAACCGGACACUUCGAGUGUUCGAAUCCACUCAUCAACAAGCUCCAUCAAAACAUCGUCUGGGGCAUGCGAGGAAACUUCCUGAGUAUCCCGACCGACUGCCCUCAGCGUGACGAAAGACUCGGCUGGACCGGUGACAUUCAUGCCUUUGCCCGUACUGCGAACUUCCUGUAUGACACGGCUGGCUUCCUCCGGGGCUGGCUGAAGGACGUCCAUUCAGAACAAAAGAAUAACUCGAACAUUGUGCCCUUUGUCGUUCCCAACAUUCUCGGGGAGGCGACGCCGACCUCCAUCUGGGGCGAUAGCAUAGUUACUGUCCCUUGGGAUCUCUUCCAAGCCUUCGGGGAUAAAGUCAUGCUCGGCGAGCAAUACCAGGCAGCCAAAGACUGGGUCGACAAAGGCAUCUCCCGAAAUGGCGUUGGACUUUGGAACCGCUCAACCUUCCAGUAUGCGGACUGGCUCGAUCCCAAAGCGCCCGCUGACAGUCCCGGAGAAGCCACCACAGACAAGUUCCUAGUUUCCGACGCAUACUUGCUGCAUAGCACAGAACUGCUUGCCAACAUCUCCUCCGUUCUUUCAUUUGCCGGCAAUGCCUCGACUUACUCCGAGCAGCAUACUAAACUCACCAAGGAAUUCCAGAAGGCGUGGAUUUCCUCGAGUGGAGUCAUGGAGAACGAAACGCAGACCGGUCUCGCCUUACCCCUUUUCUAUGAACUCUUCUCUAGCCCCGAGCAUUAUGAAUCUGCCCUUGAGCGCUUGGUGAAAAUCAUUCAGAAGAACGACUAUAAGGUCGGAACUGGGUUUGCCGGAACGCACCUACUCGGACAUGCAUUGUCGAAAUACGGUGCGUCGGAUACUUUCUACCAGAUGUUGCUGCAGAAGGAAACUCCCUCGUGGCUCUACCAGGUGGUGAUGAAUGCCACCACCACCUGGGAACGUUGGGACAGCAUGCUGCCUAAUGGCACCGUCAAUCCCGGCGAGAUGACUUCAUUCAACCAUUAUGCCGUUGGCUCCGUUGCCAGUUGGAUCCAUUCGGUUAUUGGAGGUCUCAAUCCUGCCGAACCGGGGUACAAGAAGAUCAACAUCGAGCCAGUUCCCGGUGGUGAGCUGCGCAGGGCGUCCGCUAGAUUGCAGACGCCGUACGGCCUGGCCUCCACCAAGUGGUGGCUGGAUGAUCGUCCGGGGCGAAACUGCAACGGAAGCGAUUUCCAUCUGGUGGCACAAGUUCCACCCAACACGCGAGCCACCGUCGUGCUCCCGGUAUCAAAUGGCAAGAAGAAGAAGAAGAAGAGUGUGGAAGUCGGGUCGGGCACUCAUCGCUACCGGGUUAAAUGUCUCCAGGUCAAUUGAUCGCUCCCUAGAGCCGUACAUGUAUAUAGCCUGUCUAGCUUUAGCCAGCACGACAGUCCAACAGACUUUCGGAUAAAUUUCGACAUAUAAAUAACCAGGCUACUGAUGCAUGCCGGCUGGAGGGGCAGAUCAUCGUCGCCACAGGGUCUUUUUCCCGUUCGCGGUAAAACUGCUUCCUGUCCAUUCCGCCAAUCGUCACAGAGCGUAUAAGAGGAGAUGCGAUGCCGAGCAUGUCGGACUUCAUUCCGAUCUUGAAUUUCCCCUCACCCGAUUAGACUCGAGCAGGAUUGAUCGACGGUUUGAUAUAAAUACACACAGUUGUCGAUCGGUCUCCUGAGAAAUCGGGUUGCUGUUCACGUCACAAACCAUGUCUGUUCACGCCAACGGAAAGACUCGCGCCCACGCGUUCAGUCAAUCCCCCUUUCGCUCUCGCAGUGACUUCCAGAAUGCCUGCCAGGCAUUUCUGGACCCUCUGACCCCCCACUUCACCCCCGGAGGCAGUCGCGUGAAGAUCGGGACUUCAACCACUCGAUUCGACGAAGGCGGCGCCCAGAUCGAGGGCUUUGCGCGCCCUCUCUGGGGGCUGGCUGCCCUACUGGGAGGAGGAUACAAAUAUUCAGAGGCAGCGCGCUGGCGAGAGGGUCUCAUCAAUGGCACCGAUC